UUUUGACCAUUUUAAAGUCGUCUCUCAUCUGUGUCAAACCUCAAUCGAAUCUAAAAAUUCUAGAUACCAGGCCAUACCUCCACAAAAAAAAAAAGAAUCUAAAAAUUCUGUGAUUUCUGAUUUUGUAAUUUGUAUGUUUGUAAUUUUGGGUGUCGGGUGGAUGGCGAUGGCUUUUAACUUGGCGCCUAUUUUGAAAACGAAUUUUAUUUAAAAUAGUAUCAUAUCGUUUAAGGCUAAUUAUUUGUGACUAAAAUAAAUAAGUAAUAUAUUAAUAAAUUACAUAGCGUCAACCAAUAGUUAUUUUUUAAAUAUAUAUUAUUUUAAUUCAUUCAGGAAAAAUCCAUCUAAAUAAGUGUAAUACUCAAAAUGAAGACGAUAAUUAUAUGUUUUUUAUUUAUAUUGAAAAGUAUACAAGCUGAACCAUUACCAAUUGUGUUGUGGCAUGGAAUGGGAGACACAUGCUGUUAUUCUUUUAGCUUAGGAGCAUUCAAAGCAUUUCUUGAAGACCAAAUCCCAGGUGUUUAUGUAAAUUCUCUUAUGAUUGGUGACUCCAUUAUAGAAGAUAUGGAGAAUGGUUUCUUUUUUUACCCAAAUAAACAAGUUGAUUAUGUAUGUGACAAGCUCUCUAAGGACCAAAAAUUACACCAGGGUUUCAACGCCAUUGGAUUUUCUCAGGGAUCUCAGUUCUUCCGCGCUGUAAUCCAACGAUGCGGUGACAAGAUACCAGCAGUGAAGAAUUUCAUCAGCCUCGGAGGUCAGCACCAAGGAGUGUAUGGUCUACCUCAUUGUGGUGCUCUCCAGCAUCAGACGUGUGACUAUAUUAGGAAAUUGCUCAACUAUGGUGCUUAUUACAGUUGGCUUCAAAAGUCCUUUGUACAAGCGACGUACUGGCACGACCCGUUAAACGAAGAGGAGUACAAAAAGUACAGCGAAUUUUUGUCUGAUAUUAACAAUGAAGUUACCAUAAACCAGAAGUAUAUAGACAAUUUAAAUAGGAUAGAACAUUUUGUUAUGGUCAAGUUCGAUAAUGACACAAUUGUUCAACCCAAAGAGACUGAAUGGUUCGGUUUCUAUGCGCCCGGGCAGGCCAAGAAAUUGAUUACCUUGCAAGAAUCGGAUUUGUAUCUUAAUGAUCGCUUGGGCCUGCAGAAAAUGGAUAACGCUGGAAAAUUGGUAUUUCUGUCAGUACCAGGCGAUCACUUAAAAUUUUCUGAAGAUUGGUUCUUGGAAAAUAUUCUGACUCCGUACCUUGCUUAGAUCAUUCUUAAGUGUUUUUAAAGUUAUACAAUUUAUAUCUUAGACUAAAAUUAAAGAAUCUCAAAGAGAGCUGUUAUAUUAAUAAAAAUUUUACUCCCCAAA